CAACCUGGUGCGGAAACACGAUGUAGUGGCUGGUUGUAAUGGAUUUUGGAGCGUAAGCAGGACUUCAAAGGCGCUAUUCUUGGAAAAUAUACAUUUUAUUAGAGACAGCAUGUCUAUCUCAGACCAGGCCCUCUCAGAGGGUUCUGACAGUUGUCUCUUAAAUGGACUGGGGCUGGACGCCAUUUUUCAAGAAGAAGAAUCAGCGAGAUGCCUCAGUCUUGACAUGUGGGGAAAUUGUCGCGCUGACAACUUUCAACAGAAACUGGAAGAAAAUGAAAGUUUUAAACCGCUGAGAGUUCAUCUCUUGAGACAAGUUGCAGACUACUUCAAUAGAAUAAACGUUCGUUACUUUAUUUAUGGUGGCACAGCCCUGGCUGUUUAUCGUGAAGGUGGAAAAAUUAUCAAACACGAUGGCGAUAUUGAUUUGGCUAUUCUGGAAACUGAUUUUUCGAACGUUGUCCACAAUAUUGAUAAAUUCCCAGCAUUAAAAGACGGUGAUAUUUUCAUGUCAGAAGAAUGCUCCCUCCUCAAGCGAGGCUGGUUUGAUGCAGAAGGAAACGAGAUUCCAUUUUGCGGAGUUGGAGGAAAACGCUUAAAAUUGUUUGCCACCAGAAAGCUUUUCAGGCAGUUUGGAUUUGAGACUGAUGAACAUUUUGAUAUAGGCCUGGCUCAUGUAGACGUUUUUACUCUCAGCGAACAUCCGGAUGAUCCGAAAUGCUUCUGUGUUAACUGGAAUGUACCGGGUGCCUACGAUUACAGGAAGAAAGCCUUUCCAAAAUCAAUAUUUUUCCCUCUCAAAACCUAUUCUUUUGAAGGGCUGGAAGUUACUGGAAUGAAUGACCUCAAAGCCUAUCUGGAUAUAGAGUACGGGUAUUUAGGUCGAGGCGCCAUGUAUGAUCUCAAAACUCAGCUUUACGUCAAAAUACCAGAAAUUUUGCUUACUCAACUUCCAGAAGGCGUGCAGCAGUCUUUUCUUGCUAAUUCGUAACUUCUGCUAUUUUCAAAUGGGUCAUACUUUAGUGCUAUUUAACUAUUGAUACAGCUCACGAGCGAAUUUUCUCGAAACAAAACCUCGUUUGGUGGAGAUCUUAUUUGUUUUUAUGGUGUUGUUUUGUUUUGUUUUUGAAGGGGACUGUCUGGGGACUUUUUGAAAUAACACUAUGACUCGAAGUAAGCUCUAGAAUUGUUAUGAUUGUCUGUAAUAAUGUAUUUCUUACAUAACCAGUCGAGAAUUUUCCUCAGAUGUGCUAAACUUCGCCCAUGCCAGUUACUGUUUGGUGCAGAAUUGACAGUCUACAGAAGUUUGAUGACGAGCUACUUUGCAAAAAGGCAAUAUUUCUAGGGUUGUUGGGAAAUUUGUUGGGCUAAACUAAUUUUUGGUACAAUUGAAAGAACGAUUACCAAGCUUA